AUGCCUCGAUUAAGCGUCGUCACUGAUGAAUAUCUCUACAAUUCGGAAGUCGGAGAACGGAUAUGCGCUUGGGCAUCGCUUGUUGAGAAGAUGGCACUUGACAAGGGAUUUUUGCUCCCAUCUGGGGUAGUGGAGCUGUUUUUGCAAUUGGACGGCAAUGACUGCAACUACUAUUUCAUCGACCGAUACACACAAGCUAUUUUCUGGCUGGAGCAAUACGACACUACAGAAGUUGGCGUGCACCCCACAAUCUCCUCUUCUCAUCUCAAACUUGCUCUCCAAAUUCAGUAUUGGGCACACGUUGAAAAUUUCUGCAUGCACGUCGGCGGUUUACAUCCCAGGUGCCUCGAGGACCUUAUUCUUGUGUUCUCUCAUGCUUUGGCUGAUACUCUGACAUCCAAAUUUUCAACCUUUCCAUAUGAGGCAAAAGACUGUGAAAAGUUUUUAAAUCUUUUGACAGCCUCACGAGAUCGUAUCCAUGAUGGCUAUACAGUGUCAUAUGUUGCCCGGCUAUGGGGCAUAGUUGUCUAUAACCGAUACGAAACCCAUUUCGGCCAAGAACAAUCCCGGCUUUCUCGGGAUGCCUCCAUUCUCGUUGAAGCGGAGACCGAGAGCCGGUGGUCUCAAUCACUUGUGUCUGCGCUCACUUUCAACUCAUCCGAGAGAUACUCUCGACGCCUGAACGAAAUCUACAACGAUAAAUUUGUCUAUGGAUCUGACUGGAAUUCCUUUAUGGCUUCUUGUAUAAGCGGUUGGCAAAAGGUCGCUGGCGGAUCCAUCGCUAUUCUUCUUCUCCAUAUGUUUUGCUUCUUCCUUCCGGUAUACCCUGUUCUUGCUUAUACGUCGUCCUCUCUUGCCGCUCUUGCUUUCAUUUCUUCUGCAUACCUCAUUUAUCGUCACGAUGGCCUUGACACAUCCGGGGCCGCUUCUGCUCACGAUUUCCUGUCCAAUGUCUGUUCGUCGCGCUUCAAAUUUCAAGGUGUCGCUCUGGCCUACGCUCUCCCCAGGACCUUUUUCAUGUCGAGUUCCCUUUCCGCCUUUCUUCAGGUCUUAUUCGUCAUUUGCCAAUACUUUCGCAUUGUCUCUGCCGCCGCUUGCCUAGGUGUCAUUUUUGCCGUUAUCCUCGCCAUUCAUCUCGCCAUUUCGGAGACCAAGCUGCCCAAUCCCCUUAACCUGACCCGCUUAUUUGUCCCCAAAGAUGAAGCCGCCAUGGUGUAA